AUGGAUGGUAACAGAGCCCCUCCCCCCUACUCCUCCAGCCAAUCGGAGACAGCCGCAGGGUCCAGCCCUCUGGACCGAGGUCACUUCCUGUCCUUCGUGUCCUGGAUGACCAGGAAGCAGCUGGACGUCAGCGCUCUGAGCCGGGAUCCUCUGGACGGCGCCGACGGCAACGCAGACAGGCUGCAGAGGCUGUGGGAGGAGGAGGUGCGUGACGUCGGUCUACAGGAAGCGUCUCUGAGUCGAGUGCUGCUUCGCUUCCAGAGAUCCAGACUGCUGCUGCUGGUCCUCCUCACGGUCCUCUACACGGCGGCGCUGUUCCUCGGCUCCGGAGUCCUGAUGCAUGAGUUCACCAGCUUCAUCGCGCAGCCGGAGUCUUCGAUGGGGGGCCGCGUGGCUCCGGCUCCGGGUCUGGGGGGCGUGGCUCUGGUUCUGGGUCUGGUCUCGGUGGAGCUGUUCAGGGUGGGCUGUGUCGCAGUGAGCUGGGCCGUGAACCUGAGGACCGGCGUCAGGCUGCAGGCUGCCGUCUGCAGGCUCGGCUUCACCAGGACCCUCGCUCUGAGGACACACAGCCGAGUCUCUGCAGGACAGUGUGUGUGUGCCAGGCUCUUCAGCUCCUACCAGCAGAGAGUCGGGUCCAUCACAGACCGUCGAGUCCGAACUAUAAACGAGGUCGUCGGCUUCAUCAAACUCAUCAAGAUGAACGUGUGGGAGGAUCCGUUUGAGCAGAGGAUCACAGACAUCAGGAACACAGAGAGGAGGAUGUUGGAGAAAGCUGCUCUAAUCCAGAACUUCAGUGUGACCAUCAGUCCUCUGGUCCCCAUCAUCGCUGCCACCUGCACCUUCAUCCUGCACACGGGGCUCAGGCUGCCGCUCAGCAUCGACAGGGCGAUUCCUGUCGUCACCAUCUUCAACAGCAUGCGCUUCAUCUUGUUCAUGACGCCCACCGCCGUUAAGUGUCUGGCUGAAGCUGCCGUGUCCGUGCGGCGCCUGAAGAAUCUGCUCCUCAUACAGAAUCCAGAGUCUUACGUCGUCCACAUGACAGAAAGCAGCUCGGCAGCCGUCGUCAUGGACAACGCCACCCUGUCCUGGACCAGACCGCUCCGCCCCCCCCACCCAGAGGACAGGGGCGACCUGGAGUCCAAACAGGGACACCCUGAGGCCCCGCCCACCCUGAGGAACAUCUCCUUCACCCUGCCAAAGGGCCGGCUGUUGGGUGUGUGUGGUAAUGUUGGCAGUGGGAAGACGUCGCUGAUCUGCAGUCUGCUGGAACAGAUGUUCCUGCUGCAGGGCUCCGUCUCCGUCCACGGAUCCAUCGCUUACGUCUCCCAGCAGCCCUGGAUCUUCUACGGGACGAUCCAAGACAACAUCCUGAUGGGGGAACGUUUGGACCGUCCCAGGUACAACAGAGUCCUCAGCUGCUGCAGCCUGAAGAAAGACCUGGAUGUCCUGCUGUAUGGAGACCAGACCAUGGUGGGGGAUCAGGGCCUGAACCUGUCGGGGGGGCAGCAGCAGAGGAUCAGUCUGGCUCGGGCCGUUUACUCCAACAGGGACGUUUACCUGCUGGACGAGCCGCUGUCCUCUGUGGACGCACACGAAGCCAAACAGCUGUUUGAGGACUGCAUCAGGACGGAGCUGCGGGGGAAGUCUGUCGUCAUGGUGACGCACCAGCUGCAGUACAUGAAGUUCUGUGAUGAGGUUCUGGUUCUGAAGGACGGGGCGGUUCUGGAGUCAGGGAGCCAUGUGGAUCUGCUGCAGGCGGAGCGACUCUACGCUGAGCUGAUCCACAAACAGCUGAACUCAAAGAAGCAGCAGGAGGAGCUGAACCCAGGUAUGAAAGAAGAGAAGAAGAAGAAGCAGGAGGAGCUGAACCCAGGUAUGAAAGAAGAGAAGAAGAAGAAGCAGGAGGAGCUGAACCCAGGUAUGAAAGAAGAGAAGAAGAAGAAGAAGCAGGAGGAGCUGAACCCAGGUAUGAAAGAAAAGAAGAAGAAGCAGCAGGAGGAGCCGAACCCAGGUAUGAAAGAAAAGAAGAAGAAGCAGCAGGAGGAGCCGAACCCAGGUAUGACAGAAGAGAAGAAGAAGCAGCAGGAGGAGCUGAACCCAGGUAUGAAAGAAGAGAAGAAGAAGAAGCAAGAGGAGCUGAACCCAGCGUUUGACGUGUUGGACGAGAACUCAGAACCUUCAGAACCUUCAGAACCUUCACCUGCCUGCAAACGUUACGGUUUGAGCUUCUUCGUCUUCCUCAUCUUCGCUGUGAUGAUCACUAACAGAGCUGUGAGCUACUGGUGGAUCGGCUACUGGCUGCAGCAGGAACACGGGGCAGGUAACGUGUCGGCGUCAGAGGAAGGGAACAUCUCUGUGAACCCAGACCUUCCCUUCUACCAGCUGAUGUUUGUUCUGCUGAUCGUCCUGCUGCUCAUCGUCUGCAUGGUGAAAUGUUUCUGCUUUGUCAAAGUGACGUUCCGCGCCUCGUCCUCGCUGCACCACCGCCUGCUGAAGAAGAUCUUGGGGAGUCCGAUGAGUUUCUUCGACACAACGCCGACCGGCAGCAUCCUCAGCUGUUUCUCCAGAUAUCAGGACGAGAUGGACUCUUUGGUUCCUCACAACCUGAACAUCCUGCUCACCUUCUGUCUGAUGGCUGUCUGCAUCUGCGUCAUGAACUCCAUUAUCUUCCCCAUCAUGCUGCUGCCGGUGUGUGUUCUCAUCACACUCUUGGUUCUCGUCCUCCGGAUGUUUCUGGGGAACAUCUGUGAGUUAAAGAAGCUGGAGAACACGAGUCGGUCUGCCUGCGUUUCUCUCUGCAGCUCCAUCGCUCAGGGCCUCAGCUCCAUCCAGGCCUUCAACAAGACUGACGAGUACACCGAGCUAUUUAAGAGCCUGUCUGACGUCAGCGCUAACCACUUCUUACUGUUUAACUACGGGAUGCGGUGGCUGUGUUUCCUGGUGGACGCUCUCUGUACCAUCAUGACGCUGCCGGUCUCUCUGCUGGUCGUCUUCAGCUCGAAUGAAUUCUGCAGCCCCCCUAUGAAAGCUCUCGCCCUGGUCUUCAUCAUUCAGCUGACCGGCAACUGUCAGUACAUGAUCCAGGCUCUGACGGAGGUGGUGGUGAGGCUUUUCUCUGUGGAGCGGCUGCUGGACUACAUCACGGGCUGCAAGUCUGAGUCCUCGGAGCAGCUGCAGGUGGAUCAGGUCCCGGAGAACUGGCCCCAGCAUGGCGCCGUCACCUUCCUGGACUAUAAGAUGAGGUACAGGAACAACUCGCCCAUCGUCCUCAACGGCCUCCAGCUCCACAUCAGAGGCGGAGAGAAGCUGGGCAUCGUGGGAAGGACGGGCUCUGGGAAGUCGUCUCUGGCUGCCGCUCUGUUUCGGCUGGUUGAACCGGCUGCAGGAACCAUCCUGAUAGACGGAGUGGACAUCACGUCCAUCAGCCUGUUCGACCUGCGCAGGAAGCUGUCCAUCAUCCCCCAGCAUCCUGUGCUGUUCACCGGGACUGUCAGAAACAAUCUGGACCCGUUCAACAGCUACAGUGAUGAGGAGAUCUGGGCGGCGCUGGAGAAGACGUACAUGAAGGAGACCAUCUGCCGUCUGGACAGGAAGCUGCAGGCUGAGCUCACGGAGGACGGAGGAAACUUCUCUGUAGGACAAAGACAGCUGAUGUGUCUGAGCAGAGCGCUGCUACGAAACAGUAAGAUCGUCCUGCUGGACGAAGCGACAGCGUCUGUGGACGCAGAGACCGAAGCUCUGAUCCAGACCAGCAUCAGAGAGGCGUUCCAGCACUGCACCAUCCUGACCAUCACUCAUCACACCAGCACCGUGCUGCAGGCAGACCGCAUCCUGGUGCUGGACCACGGACAGGUUGUGGAGUUCGAUCGUCCAGAUGUGUUGAAACAACGACCUAACUCGCUGUUCAACUCUCUGCUGAGUACUGUGAUGUCCUGAAGCCCUCGAACGCACCGCCACUGACUGCAGU